UCUUAGACAGUUCUCAUUCGGUCAUUCCAUAAUCCACCCAUUCUUAAGCUCCAUUUUGCGCUGCCCCUUUCUUGAGUCUUGGCUUCUUCACUAUUCAAAAGCAAAUUGAAAGCUGAAUCUUUUGAACAAACCGAAGAAGCAGCGAUCAUAACAAGAAUAUCUUCUUCUGCUUCAUCUCUGAGUUUAUGACAUUGCAGUAGUGGAUUAUGGGAGACAAAUUAGGACAGAUAAAAGUGACUGUUGUACAAGGGAAACGUUUGGUGAUUCGGGACUUCAGGACCAGCGAUCCUUAUGUCAUUCUCAAGCUCGGCAAUCAGACUGCCAAAACCAAAGUCAUAAAUUGCUGCCUUAAUCCUGUUUGGAAUGAAGAAUUUUGUUUCUCUAUCUUCGAACCAGCUGAGGUUCUCGAAUUGGAAGUAUUCGACAAAGACCGUUUCAAGGCAGAUGACAAGAUGGGAAAUGCUCAACUCAGCCUUCAACCUUUGGUUGCAGCUGCUAGAUUAAGAAAGAUUCUCGGGGUUGCUUCCGAGGGGACAACGUUAAGGAAGGUCAUCCCGGAGAGAGAUAAUUGUCUAGCAGUUGAUAGCAGCAUUAAUUGGGUGAAUGGUGAAGUUGUGCAACACGUUUGGUUGAGGCUUUGUGAGGUGGAGUCUGGGGAGAUAGAGUUGAAGAUCAAAUUGAUCGAUUUUUCGUGUGCUUCUCCCUCCAAGUAGAAUGGUUUUUAAUGACAUCGAUGCAUCUCUUGUUCGAGCUGUAUACUUCUUAUUGUAGGUUGAAAAAGAUGUCAAGUGAUCAGUGUUAGCAUGUACUGUGCCAUGUCAAGUAGAAGAAGGGCCUAUAUUUGGCGUCUUUUAUUUGGAACUUGGUAUGUGCAUAAUCUAAAUCAUAGUGCUUCUCCCAAGGCUUAUUCUGUAACAGACAAGCUGGAGUGAUUUACAAUUGGAAUGGAAGGGUAGAAACAGGUCCCUUUUAAGCAGCAAUUAGCACUGAAUUUGUUCACUUCUCAUAACCAAAGAAACAUGUUCUAGUACCUGUUUAUGAAAAAGGCUAUUCUCUUUACUAGAUUUGGCUGGGAAUAUGUGGUGUUGUAUCUUAUGUUGCAAGUUAAUUAUGGUGAUUUAGGCAACAGUAUAUGGUAUUGGAUUCAAACUACUGUCAAGUUAGACAUUCUGUGUU